CGCACCGGGACGUGAUGGAGCGCAGGAGGACGCCGACGCAACACGGAGAGAUGAAGAGCUCAGCGACUCUGGCCUUCCUCCUCGGGGACUAACUAGCUCGCGACUCGCAGAGGACUCUGGGACCCCGACGAGCGCAAUAAGACAAGUCUUCUGUGGUUUCCCGCUCCGAUACGGUUUCGCUGCUGCGGACAGGAGACGACCCAAAUAAUGCUGCCCUGGAAAAAGAACAAGUUCGACCUGAUAGAGGAAGACCGCCAGUCCAAGCAGAAGGGGUAUGCCGUGAGCCUCAACUACUCCGCGCUCACCUCCUUCGCCAAAUCCUGCCCCGAGAGCGCGCUCAACCGCGUCGGCAGCAUGUUCAAGUCCAAGAGGAAAAAGGUGCGAAUCACCAGCGAGGACCCCACCUACACGGUCCUGUACCUGGGCAACGCCACCACCAUCCAGUCCAAGGGGGACGGCUGCACGGACGUGGCGGUGAGCAAGAUCUGGGGCAAGAGCGAGAUGGGCAAGAACGGCACCAAGAUGAAGCUGACCGUCAGCGCGCAGGGCAUCCGCAUGGUGCACGUGGACGACAAGGCGCGGCGGCCGGGGCACCUGUACCUGCUGCACCGGAUCACCUACUGCGUGGCGGACCCGCGGCUGCCCAAGAUCUUCGCCUGGAUUUACCGGCACGAGAUGAAGCACAAGGCGGUCAUGCUGCGCUGCCACGCCGUGCUGGUGUCCAAGCCGGAGAAGGCGAAGGCCAUGGCGCUGCUGCUGUACCAGACGUCGGCGACGGCCCUCGCCGAGUUCAAGCGGCUGAAGCGGCGGGACGACGCCCGGCACCAGCAGCAGCAGCUGAUCGGGGAGCAGACCAUCCCGCUGGUGCCGCUCCGGAAGCUGCUGAACGGACAGUGUUACUACAAGCCGCCGGUGGAGCGCAGCCGGAGCGCGCCCAAGCUGGGCUCGAUCACGGAGGACUCGGUGGGCGAGGAGGAGGAGGAGAAAGCCAUGCACUUCGAGUGCGAGGACAUUCUGGACACGGACACGGACGAGGACUGCGCCGGCGAGGGCAAAGCCGAGCUGUGCCAGAUCAUCAGCGACCUCGGGGAGCUGAGCAUCGGCAACGACGUGCAGACCCUGAAGGCGGACCUGCGCGUGACGCGGCUGCUGUCCGGGGAGAGCACCGGCAGCGAGUCGUCCAUCGAGAGCAACCAGGAGCCGCUGCCCGGCUCUCUCACCAACGGCCUGGGGGAGGGAAAGAUGCAGGAAGUCGCCUGAUUUUGUCUCAGGCGCCACUGAAUUUGCAUUUUUAUUUUACUUUAUUUCCUGUUUUUGUUUUUUGUUUUUUUGUGGGGGGGGGCGGGUGGUCGUCUUGCGCUUGAGAGAGUUGGUCUGUAACAGUGCGCCUCCUCCAUGCAGACUUGCCAGGAUAGAGGGAUGAGCAGAAAGGCUGCGGGGCAAAAGCCUGCACAGGGACUCACGUUAACCGGCCGGUAGCUGGAGGGAUGA